AAUGAAUAUAUGGUGGUAUUGAUUGUUCUACAAGUAGUUCACUGAACAUUUAGUUGGGUGACAUGUCACGAGAGGGAAAGGGACACAGGAACCUAGGGGCUGAUAAGGGGCGGAUGGAUAGAAGAAGCGGAAAGGUGUGUAUGGAGACCGAAUGAGUACAGUUGAAUACAUCGUAUUGGCCCAUUCUCGGUGUGGUGUUCAGUUUAAUGCGAAUGGAAUGAAACGAGCGCGUGUGUGUCAAUGUUUCGUCUCCACUCUCGUAUGCCUCGGCUUCUUCCUGUUCAUCCUUCUCGAUACAAGAGCCCCUUCUGCAAAGUUGCUGUGGAAGGAAGAGCGGAGGUGGGAGGAGGACUGGGAUCGUAACCAGACCCGAGUGCUACUCUUGGCCUAUCCGCGCUCAGGAUCUUCCUUACUCGGACACCUCUUGUUUCGGAUACGAGGAGCUGCCUAUUUCUUCGAACCACUGCAUGUUUAUCGACAACGACAGAAGCUCAUCGACGAAGGAAAAGGCAUGGGACUCCUGGACCGCAUCUUCCGAUGUGAAGGCGAAGUUUUAUCUGAAAUGAUCGAGAACGCGUUCGUGAAUCGAUAUUCCCUGGCAUUCGACGAUUGUCGUAAUGCAAAGGUCAUAUUUCUGAAGACCAUUCGACUGCGCCUUGAUGCUGCGUUUCACUGGCUCUCGCGCCGCACGGAUCUCUACGUGGUGCAUCUGGUACGAGACCCAAGGGCUAUCUUGAGAUCCCUUACUCGAGCUAAAUACUCUUCCCGAGACCCGAGGGUCCUAUGUCCUCUCAUUCAAAACGAUCUUCGUCUCGGAAGGCUUCUGUCGCCGCAGAGAUACGUGAGAAUCCGUUACGAGGACCUCGUACAGAGACCAGAGGAGACCAUGAAGAAGAUUCUUCAUCUCGUCAACGUGGACUUCGAUCAGCCGAAACUUUGGAAGACCUUAGAAGAUCUGGUCAUAAGGAAUAUACCUUCCACUCCUGAACUUUUAGCCCCUUUCGACGAGUACACGAGAGGCGUCAUUCGAGAAGAAUGUGAUGAAGUGAUGAACGACCUCGAAUACGCGGAUAUGUGA